UUAAGACUCACUUUAAUUGUGAUUUUAGUUAAAUAAAUAAAUAAAUAAAUAAUAAAUGCUUGUGCAACAAACAAACAAAUGGAGUGACUCGCUACUGUCCUGACUGGCUGUUCAGGUGAGUACAGGUGUGUGCAGGUGAGUACAGGUGUGUUCAUGUGAGUACAGAUGUAUUCAGGUGUGUUCAGAUGAGUACAGAUGUGUGUUCAGGUGCGUUCAGGUGUGUUCAUGUGAGUACAGAUGUAUUCAGGUGUGUUCAGAUGAGUACAGAUGUGUGUUCAGGUGAGUUCAGAUGAGUACAGAUGUGUGUUCAGGUGAGUACAGACGUGUUCAGGUAUUUGCAGGUGAGUACAGGUGAGUUCAGGUGUGUUCAGGUGAGUACAGAUGUAUUCAGGUGUGUUCAGAUGAGUACAGAUGUGUGUUCAGGUGAGUACAGAUGUGUCCAGGUCUGUUCAGGUGAGUACAGAUGUGUGUUCAGGUGAGUUCAGGUGAGUACAGAUGUGUCCAGGUGUGUUCAGGUGAGUACAGAUGUGUCCAGGUGUGUUCAGGUGAGUACGGGUGAGUUCAGGUGUGUUCAGAUGAGUUCAGGUGAGUUCCUGUCAAGUUGCUGUUGCUCUACUUGUCCGUCUCCGAUAAGAUGCGUCAGCGCCGCGCCCCACCUGCGCGCGUGAGGGGAAGAACUAAACACGGAAGCUCAGAAGUCCGUGCGCGCGGCGGCAGUAGCAGCAGCGCGAGGCGACGGUAAUGAUGGUGGUGGUGGUGGUGAGGCGCGCGAUCUCGCUCCUGAGCAGCUCUGAGCUGGUCGCGCGCUUCCAACGAGCCUGCGGUCUGUUUCCGGCUGAUCGAGAGGAACGAAACGGAGACACGAGGCGUCACAGAGACCGAGACCCGGUCAGCAACGGGGCGCCGGCGGGUCAGCACGGACAGCGCGAGCGCAGCCUCUCGAAGCUGAAGUAUGAAGUGAAGAACUGGCCUGUGUACUUCCUGUUUGUGGUGUCUGCGAUGCUGGGAAAUGAAAUAUUUUACAUCUCCUUCCUGCCGUGCAUCCACUGGAACCUGGAUCCCUUCCUGUGUCGACGGCUCGUCAACAUAUGGGCUGUGGUGAUGUAUAUAGGGCAGGUGAUGAAGGAUGUCCUGAAGCUGCCUCGCCCCACAACGCCCCCUGUGGUGAAGCUGGAGUGGCGGGUGGAUGUGGAGUAUGGCCUUCCCUCCACACACGCCAUGGCAGCCACGGCCAUUUCCUUCACCCUCCUGCUGAGCGCCAUGGAGAGAGUGCAGUUCCCGUUUGAGUUGGGUUUGGUUCUGGCCGUGGUUCUGUCAGCCCUUGUGUCUCUCAGUCGACUCUACACCGGGAUGCACUCUGCUCUGGAUGUGAUCUGUGGAAUUCUAAUAUCAGUGCUCAUCCUGGGAGUGACCUACCCACACUGGAGGACGCUGGACUUCCUGCAGUUGAACAGUCCUCUGUCCCCUGUGGUAGCAGUGGUACUACCCCUCUACCUGUGCUAUAAAUACCCCGAGCUGGACCACUACAGCACCACACGGGGGGACACCACCAUCAUCAUGGGCGCGGCUGCGGGCUGCUCCGUGGGCUACUGGGCCAACCAGCAGCUGAGCCUGACGUUUGAACCUGCAGGGCCUUUUCCAGUGAGCCUGGGGCCUCUGACUCUUGCGGCAAUCGCCCUUUGCGUGGCCCGGUUCACUGUAGGUUUGGCCAUCGUGGUGCUGACCCGGCAGACAGUUCGGUGGGUCAGCUUAAGGCUGCUCUGCUGGAGCUACGGCGUCAUGGUCACUGACACUGAAGCCCGCAGAAGGAAAGAGAUUGAGGUUCCAUACAAGUUCAGCACGUACUUGGCCAUCGGGCUGGUCAACAGCGUGGUGGUCUGCCGGGUGUUUGCGCUGGUGGGGCUACUAUGACCACCAUCCUUAUUGUUUACAAUAGUAUUAAAGGAAAAUUGCAACAUUUUCUCAAGCUAAUCUCCAUCUGCUGCACCUGCAGCAGCUACACUACAAUAACCACGGACAGUAAUUCUGCUGCGUUGACCUGAAGAGACCACAAACUCCAAACUGUUCUUAGCCUGUUAGGUUCUAAUGGAUUGAGACAUUGGAAAAUUGUCUGUUUUUGGUGCAUGAAACGACAAAUAUAUGAUACACUGUAAAAAUGAAAGAUACUCAAGGCACCUUUUGGGGUUCCUUAGCUUGUCACAUAGGUGGAACCCUUUAAGGAGCCUCUAGGAACCCAUCUGAACAGAUCGGUUCCCUGAGCAGCUUCACAUAAUUUACAAUAUUUCUUAAGGAACCAUUUUAUCCAGCAUGGUCUGAAAACUCUUUGGGUGCUUCAAGGCACUUUAUUUUGGAGUUUGAGGCCAAUUAGCACAACACUACAUCUGUAAAUGAAGGUGACCAAACUCACCAAACCCUUUGGUUACUCAAGGAACCGGCUAGAAAAUAAAAGGCCUUUGAGGAACCCCCAAAAAGUCUAGGGUUCUUAAAAUAACCCCAAACCUUUUGGUUACUCCACGAAUAUGCUAGAAAACAAGAGCCCUCUGAGGAACCCCAAAAAGUCUAGGGUUCUUAAAACAACCUAAAACCUUUUGGUUACUCAGAGAACCUGCUAGAACACAAAAAGCCUUUGGAGAACCGCAAAAAGUCUAGGGUACUUCAAAUAACCCCAGACCUUUUGGUUACUCAAGGAACCACCUAGAAUACAAGAGGCCUUUGAGGAACUCCCAAAAAGUCUAGGGUUCUUAAAAUUACUCCAAACCUUUUGGUUACUCUUUGAGAAGCCCCCAGAAAUCUAGGGUUUUUAAAAUAACCCCAAACCUGUACUCAGUGAACCUCCUAGAAUACAAGAGACCAUUGAGGAACCCCCCAAAACUAAUCUGAGGUUCUUAAAAAUAACCCCUUUUAGGCCUGUAACAUCCUUAAAGGAACCACCAAAGGUGCUUGAGGGCUCACUCAAAAGUUCCUCCAGGAACUUGAUGCACCUGAAAUAUAUUUUAUAGUUCUUUAAGCACCCUGUUGGAUAUUUAAGGGUUCUUGAAUUUUUACCACCUGUCCUCUGCUGGGCCGCAAUAAACGCAUGAAAAACGCACCCCCCCCUCACCCCUCACCCUUUCACCCUCCCUUUUGCCCCAAAUAUAAGUGGUCAGUCAGGACAUUUGGAGUCUGUUUGCUGUUAGCACAGGAGCUAUGAGGCUAAGGUAGCUAACUAGUGAUGGAAGCUUAUACCCCACCAAUUAGCAAGCCUAUAGCAUAACAGACUCGCCUCGAAGUGUGUGUUGUUCAGUGUCUCUAAUAGACCUGAUGAUGUGGUUUGUGACUCUGAAUGACUCACUGUGAUCUAUAAAUGUGGACUAAAGUAUGUUAGCAUAAAGCUAAAAACAGUAGCAGCAUCAAGAAACCUCAUGUUUUUCUGUAUUUUUGUCCGUUUCUAUGUUUAAAGAGAGUGUGUGAUCAUUUAGGGGUGCAGUUAGCACCAUGCUAAUUAAUAUACUGUACAUUAGCUACAUUAGCCUCAUAGCCCCAGUGCUAAAACGAGAGAAGCAGCUACAUUUGAGGUAAAAGGCCACACUAACAACUUAAACUUUUCUCUCUGACCAAGACCAGCUGGUGAAAACUGACCUAUUUUAAAGAGAAAUUCCACCGAUUUCCCCAAAUUUCUGCAUAACUGAGUGUGUGAAGUGUAAACAGGGCAGUUUGGUGUAAAGUGGUUCAGAUGUCUUUAAAGUGGUGUUGAUGGGUACCAGGCGUCGCCAUGACGACAACACAAAUAUAGACAUCCAGAACCACCAGAGAACCUCCACGAGCCUGAGUUCAGAUGGAAUGUUGA